AUGGUCGGAAAGAGACGCAAUGCUCCUCAGAGGGGCAGCCGGCAGCGGCCGAAUGGCGCUGAUGGAAAUGAACCCGAUAUAUAUCAGGAGAUGCUGGCUGAGGCCGGAAUGUCUGCGCCGCCAGCUAAGCCAACAGAACCAAAUGAGCCUGCAAAGGUAUCACUGGCUACAGAAGCGCCGAAACCAGAGCUUAAGCAGCAAGACGACAGCGACGACGAGGAAGAGGAUGCUGAAUUUGAGGAUGUUGCUAUUCCUGAACCUACUGUCCAGACUGUCGAGUUGGACUCAGACGAAGAAGAGGAUGAAGAUGAAGAUAUAAAUUUCGAAGACGUCGACUUACUUAUUCCCUUGCCGGAUGGAGACUCAGAGCAACAAGAACCAAAGGAACUGGAACUCAAUCUCUCAGCACAGAAAUCUGCCAUGACAUCAAAGCAAGGGCCUGACAGACGAAGACCAAUUACCAAAGAAGAAAGAGAGCGCCGCAUUGAUAUUCACAAGGCCCAUUUGAUUUGUCUGAUGUCUCAUGUGGCUAAGAGAAAUCAUUGGUGCAAUGAUGCGGAAGUUCAAGACUCUCUCCGGUCUCGUCUGACGGACAAGAUGAUUCAAUAUCUUACGCCAGGGACCAACCUAUCGCAGUUUGGGAGAACCGAAAGUCUGAAGAAUGGGCUUAAGUUCGUUGCAGACAUAUGGAAGGAACAAUAUGAGAUUACAGAGCGUGGCAUGAGGAGAUCCUUGUGGGCAGAAGAGGUGGAGCAGCUUGAUAACUAUGUGCUUCCGAAUGAUAUGGAAUCAUGUCUGGAUAAGUCAGACUUUAGAGAAGCAGCCAGGACUUUACAAGGAUCACGAGAUGUCGGAGCUCAGUUGUAUUGCGCCUUGCUCCGAAGCGUUGGUGUUCGUGCUCGACUGGUUUGUUCGUUGCAGCCUCUCGCAUUUGGCUCUGCAGGACCUACCCUUCCAAAGACCAAAGAGACUGCCAAACCAAAAUCCGUUUCCAAAGCCGAGCAUAUGCUAUCUCAAGUAGCAAAAUAUAGAGAAAUGGCCGCUGCGGUCUCGUCGACUUCAUCCGCUGGACCUUCUACAGCCAGACGCAGAUUAGGUCACCCAAACGCAACAGAUUACAAUUUCGAGCCCACCGCUGCUCCUACGAAGCCUCGCCCAACUUUUUCAGCUCCCAAACAAAUACGCGAAUCUUCGUAUCCAAUUUACUGGGUGGAAAUCCUUGACGUAGGGCACCAGAAAUGGCAGCCUACGGACCCAGUAGUGACGCACACAUUUUGGAAGCCAAAGGUCUUUGAACCCCCCAUCACAGACAAGGAGAAUUGCUUAUCCUACGUUAUUGCGUUCAAUGCAGACGGCACUGCGAAGGAUGUUACUCGGCGAUAUGCCAAGGGAUAUGCAGCAAAGACGCGAAAAUUGCGUAUAGAAACUGCUCUGGACGAUGGCCAAAAGUGGUGGCGUAAAGUCAUGAAGAUGUAUAAGCCCAAGACGACCACCGACCUGGAUCAGAUCGAAGAUAUCGAGUUGAGUGGAGUUGAGGCGAGAGAGCCAAUGCCGAGAAACGUACAGGAUUUUAAGGGCCAUCCCGUAUAUGCUCUAGAGCGUCAUCUUCGUCGGCAUGAGGUGCUCAUUCCAGGGGCUGUGCCGUCUGGAACCGUCGCCGCCGGAGCUCGCGCUCCUCUGGAAAAGGUUUAUCGCCGAAAAGAUGUUCGAAUUGCGAGGAGUGCUGAGAAAUGGUUCCGACUUGGCUAUGAAGUCAGACCUGGAGAGAUUCCCGCGAAAUGGCUACCCAAGCGAGUGCAAAAUAAGAGGUCCCGGUAUGAAGAAGAGGAGGACCAGGAUGAAGGCGAUGCGGGGACGCCGAUUUACACGGUAGACCAGGCAGAGAUAUAUGAGCCGCCUCCCGUACGAAACGGACGUAUACCGAAGAACAAAUUUGGCAACAUUGAAGUAUACGUGCCUAGCAUGGUUCCGAAAGGUGGCGUUCACAUAGCGAGCGAAUAUGCUCGACGGGCAGCAUAUGCGUUGGGAAUUGAUUGCGCACCAGCGCUCACGGGAUUUCAGUUCAAGGGCCGACAGGGAACGGCUGUACUGAAUGGGGUCGUUAUUGCAAAGGAAUUUGAAGAGGCUAUUCACGCGACUAUCCAGGGGAUGCUCGAUCUGGAGCAAGAGUUGGAAGAUGAGAAGAGGCGAUAUGUAGCACUCAAGCUUUGGAGGCGUCUUCUCAUGGGCCUGAGAAUUCGGGAAAGGAUAUGGAGGGAUGUGGGAGAAGACGAAAGGAAGGAAGCAGACAGACAAGCAGAAUUAGAGGCCGAAAUAGGCGCAGCAAGCGAUGAGACCGAGGAGUUUGAUAUGGUUGUCGAUGACGAUGACGAUGGGGGUGGCGGAUUCUUGGUUGAAUAG